CCGCCCGCCCUCUCGCCUGGCUGUAAACAAACAGGGCGGCGGGCGAUGGCGGCGGUUUUGGGCCGCGGUGGGGGUCGCUGAGUGGUGGCGUCUGCUGGGGCGGGCGGCUCUGGUGCGUGCCCUGUGCAGGGUUUGCGGGGCCGGGGCUGGCGGCACACAUGGAUGACAGCAAGGUGGUCGGAGGCAAGGUAAAGAAACCAGGCAAGCGAGGUCGCAAACCAGCCAAAAUAGACUUGAAGGCAAAGCUUGAAAGGAGUCGUCAGAGUGCAAGAGAGUGCAGAGCCAGGAAGAAGCUGAGGUACCAGUACCUGGAAGAGCUGGUUUCAAGCAGAGAGCGAGCCAUCUGUGCUCUUAGAGAAGAGCUUGAAAUGUACAAGCAGUGGUGCAUGGCGAUGGACCAAGGGAAAAUCCCCUCUGAAAUAAAAGCCCUACUAACUGGAGAGGAGCAGGGCAAAGCACAGCAGAACUCAGUCAAACUUGCCAAGGCUGGGAAGACAGAAGCAAACAGCAGCAAUCCCUGAGGCCAAUGCAGAACCUUCCGCACUGCAGCAGAGAUAGCUUGGUAGCUAGCAGAAGAAUGCUGUUGUCAGAGAAGUGGAUGCAUCCCCAGGUGCAGGGGGAAGGAUCCCAGUCCGCUGCCUUCUCUUUGCCCCUCCCCACAUGAAGCUCUUUGAUUGUGGUGCUCCUAAGCCUGCACGGAGUGGGGUUUUGGGAGUAAUAGGUGUUUGUGCAAGCGGAGUUUUGUUCUUCCUUUCUUUACACCACCCUCCCAAAAUACAGCAAUGGCAGCUUUUGGGCAUUCCCAGUAGAAGAUGGGGGCUGCUCUUGUGUCAGAGGCAAGAAGACGACUGACUUUGUCGUCAGUAGCUAUGUGGUUGGUAACUGUUGUGGGAGCCUGAGAGGUUCUGUUAAAAAAAAGAAAAAAAAAGGCAAAAGGAGGAUCUUGUAACAGCUUUGCUAAAGCCAAAUGGAGUACUGUAGGUUGAGGAGAAGGAACUGGAUCAAAAGCUUUCAGUAAGAAGGUUCAUAGCCAUGUAAUUUGUAACCUAGAUAAAGGUGUUGCUUUCAGCAUCCUUUUAUAAUGCAGCAUGUCUCUUAAGUUACUGGGACUCUUAAAGAGAGGUACUAAAUAUAUUCCCUGCCUCUGCCCAUACUUCUUUCACAGGAUGUACUGCCCACCCUCCAUGCUCCCAGUAAGGUAGUGAAAGCAUGUCGUGUCCCUGCCCAUGCUUCCAGCAAUGGAACAACUGCCAUCUUCUCCCACCCAUUGUGCCCUGCUAUCUUUCUGUAUCUGCCUAUACUUUCGGCCCUAGUAUCUUUCUAGCCUGCAACUUAGUAUGAAUUCUGCUGUACUAUCCUGGUUUCUCAGCCAAAGACAAUGCCAAGAACUAGUAGCAAGGAAAACAAGUUGCAUCAGUUUGGUUUUAUGAUAAGAGAGGCGAUGGCAAAAGUCUUGUGGGCUGAUUUACUCAUCCAAGAUAUUGACAGAUAACCUGCCACUUUCUUUAGAUGGCUCUUUCUCUUGUAUAUGCUUUUUGCGUGUAUAUGAUGCAGUGUGCAGAGUGGAGCUCUCAGGAUUUUCAGUGGGGGUUUUGCUUGCUUAUUCUCCAUUUUGUUUGUGACAAUGUCUUUCUCUGUAUUUUAUGAAAUGCAUGGAACAUUUUUUUAAUCUUAUGUUUUCUUCUUUGUUUCAUAGAAUAAAUAUUAUAAUGAAUGAC